AUGGAUUCACCCCAAACCCGCAAAACCGUCCUCAACCUCCCCACCGGGAUGUCAGAGUCGACUCUGCGACUCGAUUCGCUCUCCAGCUCCUUCCGUGGCAUCUCCACCCUCUCCUCGCCGUCCAAGACCUCCACGUGCAGCGACAGGUUCAUCCCCUGCCGCUCGUCGUCGAGGCUGCACCAGUUUGGCCUGAACGACAAGUCGUCGCCGGUGAAGGACGGCGGGAAUGAGGUGUAUCAGAGGCUGUUGAGGUCUGAGCUUUUUGGGUCUGAUUUUGAUUCUUUUGGGUCUCCUGCAGGUGGUGGUGGACAGGUGGCGUCGCCGAUUAGUCCCAGCAAGAAUAUGUUGAGGUUCAAGACGGAGCAUUCCGGGCCUAACUCGCCGUAUUCGCCGUCGAUUUUGAGGCAUGAUAGUGGGCUGUCUAAUGAGAGCUGUACACCUCCUAAGCCGCCCAGGAAGGUCCCCAAGACACCCCAUAAGGUUCUGGAUGCACCAUCACUUCAAGAUGACUUUUACUUGAAUCUGGUGGACUGGUCCUCGCAAAAUGUACUUGCGGUUGGACUGGGAACCUCGGUUUAUUUAUGGAAUGCAUCAAACAGCAAGGUGACAAGACUGUGUGACUUGGGGCCUAAUGAUGGUGUCUGCUCUGUCCAAUGGACCAAGGAGGGUUCAUAUUUAUCAAUUGGUACAAACGGUGGCCAAGUUCAGGUUUGGGAUGGGACUCAAUGCAAGAAGGUCCGAACAAUGAGUGGACAUCAAACAAGAACUGGUGUUUUGGCAUGGAACUCAAGGAUACUAGCUUCAGGAAGCCGAGACCGGAACAUCCUUCAACAUGAUAUGCGAGUCUCAAAUGAUUGCAUAAACAAGCUUGUUGGCCACAAGUCUGAGGUAUGCGGGCUGAAAUGGUCCAACGAUGACAGGGAACUUGCAUCUGGUGGCAAUGAUAAUCAGCUCUUGGUGUGGAACCAGCACUCUCAGCAACCUGCUUUGAGGCUAACCGAGCAUACAGCUGCAGUCAAGGCCAUUGCUUGGUCACCCCACCAGAGCGGCCUUCUUGCUUCUGGAGGCGGAACUGCUGACAGAUGUAUACGCUUCUGGAACACCGCAAACGGCCACCAGUUGAACAGUGUUGACACGGGAAGCCAGGUUUGCAAUCUUGCAUGGAGUAAGAAUGUGAAUGAGAUAGUGAGCACUCACGGAUAUUCCCAGAAUCAAAUUAUGGUCUGGAGGUAUCCAUCCAUGUCAAAGGUUGCCACUCUAACUGGCCAUAGCAUGCGAGUUCUGUACCUUGCAAUGUCACCAGAUGGUCAGACAAUAGUCACUGGUGCUGGGGAUGAAACUCUCAGAUUCUGGAAUGUAUUCCCUUCUAUAAAAACUCCGACACCAUGCAAAGAAACAGGCCUUUGGUCACUAGGACGAACUCAAAUCCGAUGAGACUCUCUAGCAUCAUCUCUCUAGCAUCAUGCAAAGAGGUUUGCGGUCAGUAGGAUGAACUCAGAUUGGAGGAGACUGUUGAACAUAUGAAGUAGUCUAUAAUGUAAAUGAGGGGAUACAAUGAUAGUGUGAAACAUAAGUAGCGACAGACAUGAUAGUGUGAAUGAGGGGAUACAAUGAUAGUGUGAAACAUAAGUAGCGACAGACAUGAUAGUGUGAAACAUCAGUAGCGACAGACAUAACUUGAGUUGAUUUU